AUGGACAUAAUUAAACUGAAGCUUUAUCAUUUCAGCAUUAGAUGCUUAGCUAAUCAUGAAAGAGAGAAGAAUCAGACAAGUGAGAAAAAGAAGGCAAUAUUUCUCGGACCAUGGGGAGGUCCUGGAGGGAGAUAUUGGGAUGAUGGGAAUUACAGCAGGGUGAGGGAAAUUAUCCUCAUAUAUGUUCUCUGUAUUGACUCAAUACGCGUACUAUACGAUAAGAAUGGUAUGCCUGUUUUGUCCGAGAAGCAUGGAGGUCCUGGGGGUCAUACUAAUGCUGAGGUCAAGCUUCAGUUCCCGGAUGAGUACUUGACAGAAGUUAGUGGCCACUGCUCCCCUCUGGGUCGCCGCGGCAAUGCCAUGGUCAGGUCGCUCAAGUUUAGGAGCAACUGGAGAACGUACGGGCCCUUUGGAGUAGAAUCUGAAACCCCAUUUUGUUUUCCAAUGGAAGGAGGGAUGAUUGUGGGUUUCAGAGGAAGGUGUGGCUUAUAUGUGGAUGCCAUUGGUUUUCAUAUAACACAAGCCUGA